AAUCGCGGCACGGUAUAGACGCGUUAUGAUGUCGGCCUCUGUGCAAACUAGUUUGAAAGAGAAAAUAUGCAGUUCUGUGGAGAUACCGAUACUAUCAAGGUGUUGCUUCUGUUUCCCGCUAAGGAAAGGACUUAUUACAUUCGCAUAUGUUAACUUAAUCCUGACUAUAUGUGUCACCAUAUUGCUGUCGGUUUUUAUCGUGAACGAUCGCAUGACCGACGCAACAGACAAGACGGAACAACCGCGAAUGAUAGCUGAUAUCUUCGCGCUCGUUAUAGAAGUGAUCACCUCUAUUGUCUUCAUUAUUGCUUUACAUAAGAAACAUGUGAUGCUGAUGAAGGGAUACCUAUACUUCGAAAUCGUGUUUUCAAUCGUCGGCUUCAUCUACAGUCUGGCGUUCCUGUCCCGAGAGACUGCAAGCGAAUUGUUCCUAAUUUUCUGUCAACUAAUGGUUCAAAUCUACUUGGUGAUUCUGAUAUGGAGUUCAAUAGUUAAGAUGGAGAGAGAUGGCACAGUGAAGUACUCAAGAGAGAAUGGUGCAGUAUAAUCAUCACUAUGAAAAAAGGUGAUGAUGAUGACCAUAGAAACGCUACGUUACUAAAUAAACGCUUACUGUGUUAUAACAGAAAAGUUAAACACGUGUUCAACACCUGUUUUAAAAAAGUUCUAUUAUAAAUCUAUGUCUUUCUGAUGUUUAGUGUUCAAUAAUCUUUAGUUAUUGCUUAUAUUUAAACACGAGCCGUUGCGUAUCUAAGGUGGUUCUAACAGAUAGAUCAUAUUCAUAUGGAAGAUUUAGAUUAUAUGAUAAACGAUACGGGAUGGAGCCAAGUUUUUGAGUCACGUAUCGUUCAUAAAUCUUGUAUGCUUUGACUGUUGACAGUUGAUAGACUUUGACAGUUGAUAACCUGUUCAACCCCAGUACUUUCAUACUAGGAACUUGACUUAAGACGUGACUAUUUCAAAUCUAACUCACCUUUAACGAUACGUCACUCGAAUGGUUGGCUCAGAGGAAGAGCGCUCGCACGGAACGCGAGUUGACGCAAGUUCGAGUCCCACAUCGUCCAUAAAUAUUGUUUUCAAAUUAAAUUUUUGUAAUGAAUCCCAGAAGUGAGAGUUAUCAAUUUAAGAAACAACAAAUUGUUUAAUAUUUUCCAAAUUGAAUUGCUGUCAGAAGAAAUUAUGUAUGUAUUUAGUCAAAACUCUUUGUUACCAUUUGUGUUUUGAUAUUAUUUGGAUACUAAGGUAAGGAGACUGAUGCAUAAUGUGUUGAUCUUAUAAAAUAUUACUACUUUCAGAUUGUAUGUAUUAAUAAUAUGCAAAUUAUGUUUGAAUGACGUAACUACACCUCUACAUACGAAGUGUAUUUUAGAUAUUUAAACAAUUUAAUUGGUACUGGAAGACGCAGUUUGGUAGGCCCCCCACAAGAUGGACCGACGAUCUGGUCAAGAUCGCUCGAAUACGUUGGAUGAGGGCAGCGCAGGACCUAUCUUCGUGCAGAUUGCCAUUGUCCAGCAGUGGACGUAUUCCGGCUGAUGAUAAUGAAACAAUUCAAAGAGUUUUUUAAUGUCAUCUAAGUUAUGGUCAAAUCAAAAUUAUUUCUAACUAUAAAAAUUUUACUUGAGCAUAGAUCUCAGACAUCAUUGGCAUUUUAGAGAUAGAAGUCUUAAGCGUAAGGCUGCUAUCCCGAGAAAUAAGACAUAAUUGAAACCAUUUCUCUGUGUACAGAAUGUAAGAAGAAAAUUCAUUUUUUCUUUACAUUUCUAUAUUUUAUAGUCAUUGCGAAAAAAAUCACCAAAAUACCCCUAACUCUUACAGUUGGAGCCAUGCUAAUUCAAUCUGGAUAAAAAUUGUAUGAAUUAUUAUAAACUGCUUAACAAUACUAUUUAAUAUAACUAUUUUUGUAAAGGAAAUUCUAUGAUGUAUGUAAUUAAUUAAAAAUGCUUUUAAUUCUGAAUUCAAACUAUGGCGAUCUUGUACGAGAGAGGUAACCUAGCUCCGCUCGAUUCAUCAAGGCCGUUGGCUCGGUCCCCAGCCUUAAAUAAGGCUAUGUUAAAUGAUAUUUUAAGGGAAUACAUAGAAAAAAAGGCCUGUCUUAAGCAUGUGAUAAUCAAGUAAAGAGGAUGACAGGUACUUAAAGUUGCCAAGAGGUCUAUGUAUGUCAUGUAUGUAAAUUUUCAUAAAUUCGUAUAUUUUUUUUAAUUAGGGAUACAUAAUAUAAAUUAUUUUAAAAAUUCUUCUAAUUUUUCAGUAAAAUUACGUACCAAGCUAAAUUUUAAUUCAAAUAUUCAUUAGUUUUAUUAGUGAUGAAGGUAUUUGUAAUUAUUAGGCAUUGAUUCGUGAAGAUUACGAAUAUAUUUCUGUGGGAUCAACAAUUAUUAUUAUUAGUACCAAUGUGAUUUAUUGACUUGUAAGCGUUUCGAGUACUUAUCUAAAUGAAUAUAUAUAUAUAUUUUUAUAGGGGCUUAUACAAACUCGGAAAUAAUAUAGUGAUUAUGCCUCAGAUUAAGGAUUGGUCUCCGCUGCACUCCAACAAGAUACCGCAGGCAAAUCGCAAAGUCCGGCAACUAAUACUACGCGUAUGGGGGGGGGGGGGGGGGUUUGGUACCUACUCGAGCCAGCCUCGAACAAUGUGUGACGUUGACGUGCCACACGUUCAAGUAAUCUUUGCUAAUAAUUGAAACUAAAAUAAUAUAACUUUGCGUUAUAUAACUUUGUAAAAAUAAUAUUACAAGAAAUAUAAAAUACACUGGGAUCACAAUAAAGCAUCUAUCUAAUUAAUACCUGUGUUCUAAUACAGUUGCCGUAAUAAAAAAGCUAUUGAUCUCAGGUAGUGCGGUAUCUAGUUGGAGCGCUGCGGAGACCAAUCCUUAAUUUAAGCAUUAUGGUAAUAUAUUUUAUAAGUAUGUUGCUUAACACUAGCAGAAUAAUAUAUUUUGUAAAUAUUUGAUUACUAUAUUUUAAGAAAACGUUAUACCAAAUAAAAGUUUAUAAUUGUACAA